UCCGAGCAAAGUUGAUGAAACGAUUAUGCUUUCUCAUUAUUUGAUACUGCAAACAAAUUAUAAGUCGGUAACUUGUCGUGUAAAUAGACAAGUGCUUUUUACUGAUUGAGAAUGCCCGGCCUCGUACUCUGGAACGUACUAACCAAUGACGAGGCAGUAGAGAUGCAUUAUACUCUCGAAACCAACAUCUAUACUAGACGGUGGUUGUGAUCAGGAGCUGUUAAGAGAUGCCGAAAGUGGUGCUCACCAAGGGAACACGGGAAAUGAGGACCGUAUUGAGAUAUUUUGUCUGACAUCAAUUGGACAAUGUAAUCUAGUGACUGGAGUUAGCGGCCCUUUUUUCUUCUGUGAAUUGGAGCACAUAGUUUUUUUAGAUUUUCCUGUUUUGGGGAAAAACUCGGACAAAUCACGGAUAUUUCAGACUUUACACGGAUAGCAUUCGAAAUCACGGAAGAAAGUGUACUUUUGUCAGGUUCCUGUGGUUGGGUGAAAUUGUGAACAGGACAUACUCUCAUUGCCUUCAUUGAAUACGACCAACUCAGACUAUUCCUUCAAGUGAAUUUUAGCUAUCUCUAAGACUGGGAACAACAUUAUCUCCAACGAUGCCGUCAGAAUUUGGACAUUUGGAUGAACUGACCAUGGACACGGCCGCCAUAUCGGAGUCACUCCAGUUCAUUAUUCCCAUAAUUCUCCUUCUGAUCAUCUGCAUCACGGGCCUGAUCCUCAACUUCCUCAUCAUCCUGGCAACCAUACUCUCCAAGCGCCUCCAAUCACCAACCAACCUCUUCAUCUUCAGCCUGAGUUUGUCUGACCUCCUGUUAUGCGCAGUACCGUGCACAUUCUACGCCUACAGCGCACUGUACAAGGACUUCAAGAGCGGGCCAUUCUGUGGGAUAGCGUCUUCCGUGAUUCACAUCUGCACCUUACAGACCCUCUUUUCCUUCCCGCUGAUUGCUUAUAACCGGUUCGUUCUGGUUGUCCGGUCGCGACAGCGCUAUCUCAGAUGCUAUACAAUGUUCAACAGCAUCACGAUGGUGCUUGGUUCAUGGGUCCUGGCUAUAGGUGUCGUUCUCAUCAUACUUUUUCUCCAUCCGCUAGAAUUUGAUUACUAUCCAUCAAAACGUAUUUGCGUCAACCCAGCCUCUACCCCAGCCAUUUCUAUAAUGGAGCUGUGCACAUUGGUACUGUGUUUCACACUGGCCUUACGCUCGUACAUCGAGAUUUACACCCAUCUUCGGAAAGCAACAGGUAAAGCGACAUCUAUACCAACUUCCAACCAGAUUCGUAACCGGAAAGCAAAAGUAAAAGUAACAAAGAAUAUGUUCUGGGUAACUGCCGUCUUCUGCGUCUGUUGUUUACCGAUUACUGUGCUCAGAGUAGUUGAUAUGAAAGCAAAGCUCGUAGCCUCGUUCUGGCACCGGAUGUUCAGAAUAUUGUUUUUCAUUUCCGGUGUAGCCAAUCCGUUGAUUUAUGCUGCACGUCACCAACUUUACAAAGAUGCAAUCCGCUCGAUACUGCAAUGUAAGAGGCCAGAUAAAAUCUACAUGGACAGUCUGCGGAGGAUAGCGAAACGAUCAAGACGAGAGAAAGAGACACGGAUAAGGACACUCACCACCGGAAGUAGUCUUGAGACCGGAAGUACUGACAUUGAGGAAAAAAAUGCUGUCAAUAAAAGCACGUACGAAAUGGUUGUGACGACAACGGUUAAAACCUAGGAC